CCUGGCGUUGUGAAUGAGCGUUAGUGUAAACGUAGAGACGGAGCUGACUGGAGUAAACCAAGCGCAGGUGCCGCAAGCACCGGUGCGAUUUCAUCAUAUGUGCCGCUGACGCGAACACAGUGUGCGUCAGCGCCGCCAUUGCGCCGAGAGCCCCCCGACGGUGGACAUAUGUGAGGAUACGGCGCUUUACUGCACGACAGACGCAUCCAGAGGACAUGACACCGCCGCCGCUCGGCGGAACGGGAAUUCCAGCGAGGCUACGCGAUAAGAGCUUGAACGCAAGAUAAUAAAAGACGGGGAAUAAAAGCACUCGCGCGUAGACGUGCGCGUUUGUCUAGGAUUCGGGGGAUCAUGUCGGUCGCGUUUUCGUCCACGCGUCCGAGGGGAAAGGGAGAAGUGACCCAGCAGACGAUUCAAAAGAUGCUGGACGAAAACCAUCAUCUGAUACAGUGCAUUAUGGACUAUCAGAGCAAAGGGAAAACUGCAGAAUGCACACAGUAUCAGCAGAUAUUACACAGAAAUCUGGUCUACCUGGCUACAAUAGCUGACACCAACCAGAACAUGCAGUCGCUGUUACCUGCACCCCCAAACCCCAGUAUGAGUCUGGGACCAGGUGGUCUAGGUAGCAGUCCUGUUGGCCAGUCUCUGCACUCCCAGACUAACCUGAACGACAGUGCGAGCCCAGGCAUGCCUCCGACGUCACUAAUGCAGACGCAGCUUAGCAAUGGCCCGGGCCAAGCCCCCACACAGCAGCAGUGUGGACCAGCGCCAGGCUCCGCCCCCUCCAUGAGCCUGCCCUCCAGUGGCCCUGGGUACAACCACCCAGUGCCCAACUCUCAGGGCACACCUCUCCAGGGCCAGGGGGGCUACCCGCCCGCGGCCGCGCGCGCCAACCUCAACAUGCAGCCCGGCCAAGUCCCUUUGAUGCAUCAGCAAGGUGUGGGGGCCCAUUAUGCCUCCUCCCAGACCGGGGCACCGCAUUACCCGGGCCAGCAGGCAGUGGGAAUGAUGGGUCAGGGUAACCAAGGCAACAACAUGAUGCCCCAGAGACCCAUAGGAAGCUACCGCCCUACACAGCAAGGAUCUGCCCAGCAGCUAAUGGGCCAGGAGGAGUUUUAUGCCGAGCAGUAUGGGCACGCUGCCACCUCCAGAGAACCCUCAGUGCAGCAGUAUUACCCUGAUGGCCAUGGGGAGUACUCCUAUCAGCACUCCUAUGGAGAGCAGGGCUGUGACAGGUCUUUUGAAGAUUCCUCACAGCAUUACUAUGGAGGCGGGAACACCCAGUACAGCCAGCAACAGCAGACCCAGUAUCAGCACGCGUCCAACCAACAGCAGCAGUUCAACCAACCACAGUACCCUUCCCAGCUGGGGUACGGGCAAUCCCAGGGAUACGGUCCAGCUCAGGGAGCCCCUGCUCAGUACAGCCAGUACCAGCAGGGCCCGGGUCAGCAGUACCCUUCAUUCCGCUCCACUCAGACUGCCCCUUCUGCCCAGACAACCAGACCCUACACAUACGAACAGGGUCAGUAUGGAACCUUCCAGCAGUAAGAACAUGUUUCCUUGGUGACACAACGUAGGGGUUCUUCAGAAGAUCAGGACACACAUAUGACGUUCUUUCCUGGAUUCUCACACUGAGAAAUGUGCCCUGCUGUCGAAUAGCAAAAUUGGUUUUGUCUGCAAAGAAUUCAGCUUUGCGCAUCAGUAGAUCAGUACUGGAAACCUCUCUUAUAACGCCACUCUUAAACUGGCCUUCUUCAGGCUACUUACGUCAGCUACCUCCAUUUGGUUUCUGAGAGAAUGUUAACUCAGAAAACAGACAGAAACAAGACUUAAAUAUUUAACGCAAACCUUGAUGAAUUUAGCGCUGGUUCAUAUGUUUAUAUUUCAUGUAUCAGCUGUAACUUCUGUUUGAUGGAGAAAAUUAUAAAUGUGUAUUUAUCAGUCCUAGUGUUCAUCCAAUUUAGUAAGGAGGCUUGUGUUAAAGAAUUGGGCGGGGGAUGCAACAUAGUGAGAUGAAUAAGCAUAUGUGUGAUCACCUCAAUAUGGGUUUUUGUUUUCUUGAUUUUUUUAAAAACUUUUUACUAGUUUUGAAGGAGAAUGUUCUAAUCUGAGUGUGAAUGAAGCAGAACAUUCUAAUGUGAGUGUGAAUGAAGCAGAAUGUUCUAAUGUGAGUGUGAAUGAAGCAGA